CAUCCACUAGGAGGCUAAGGCAAGAGGAGCACUUGAGCUCAUGAGUCCAAGGCCAGCUGGGCAACAUAACAAGACCCUGCUUCAAAAAAACAGGGACAGGGUAUGGCUGGGUGGUAGAACACUUAACCGAGCAAGCUCAAGCCCCAGCACCCAUUCUCCCAAAAAAGCACCUCUGAGCUACACAGAUGUUCUAAUUGCAACAAAAGGCCCAGCAGUGCGGCUCAGUGGCAGGGCGCUUGUCUAGAAUGUGUAGAUCCUGCCUUCAAACUCCCAGCCCUGAAAAAACAAAAGGACUCAGCUUUUUUUCUUCCAUAUCUAGAGAGAACAAGUGACAAGGAUUGGGAUGGGGGACUUAUUUGUUUGUUUGCUUUGUAGUUCAGACUCACUAUGUCACCAACGCUAGCCUUAAACUAAUUAUGUAGCUCAGGCUGACCUCCAACUCAUGGCAAUCCUCCUGCUUCAGCCUCCCAAGUGCUGGAAUUACAGGCAUGUGCCACCACACCUGGAAGGAGAGUUUUUUAUAAAUUACAAAUGAGAAAAUUACAGAUGAGUUCUUUCUUGACAUAUCCUUUGUAUAUUCUUAGAAUUUCUUACACAACUGUAAUUCCAGCACUUGGGAUGCUGAAACAGAAAGACAGCCACAAGUUAAAGCCAGCCUAGGCUACAUAGUGAGACCCUGUCUCUAAACAAAUAAAAAAACAGAAUCUGAACGAGACAGUCAUGAGCUGAAUGGGAUUCAGGGCCACCAGUUUUUAAGCCUUUAGUUACAGAAACUUUAUAGUCCUGGUGAAUAUCCAAGAAAAAUCCUCAGUCCUCUAUAAAAUGUUUUCCAACUCCAUUAAAUACAAAACGUACUGAAAUGACUCAAAAAAAAAAAAAAAAAAAAGGAAAGAAAAGAAAAAGAAAAACACUGUCCCUGACUUGUGCUAGGUUUGGCAGCACAUACACAAAACUCUCCCUGAUUUGGCUUCUUCGCACCCUCCCUCACCCCCAAAGCCUCCUAGUAGCUGGGCCCAGCCCUCCAGAUGCCCCACUUAGCAGUAAUGCUAGAGUUUGGGAACAGGUUCUCCAGGAUACAACCUCCAUCCUGGAAAGCCGAGGUUUAGGAGCCCCUAUAACCCUUAGGACCUCCCAGCAGAUUUAGGAAACCCACCGCCCUUUGCGUUAGUGCCUGGUAACUACUUGGUGUAUGCACAGAUUUCCCUUACUCCUCGAGACAGACCUCGGGUUUGUGGUCCACUGAGUCCAGGAGCCCCAGCCCUAAGAGCACAGGAGGAGCUGCACCGGCUUCCACUUGCGCAGCUCUCCUUUGAUGGAUACUCAGCAAACCAGCAGCAUCCCGACCCGAGGCUCCUCCGGGGCUCCAGGCUAACCCAGACACUUGUGCUGUGUUCACUUCUAUUUGCCAACUCCAAAGCUAGCCCAGUAUCCAGCUGGAGCCCGCACAGGCUUCGCGGGGCAUUAAAGAGCAGCAGCCAGAGAAAGGGAUAACCAACGACACAGCCUCGGUGUGACUAGCAGAGACUGCAGAGGAUGGAAUCUACAGCUCGCUCUCCCGCACUGGAACCCCGAUCCAUGUGAGGAUCCUAUUUUGUCCCAAGUUGAUUGGGCGUCAGAAAUCUACUGACCCGCACGGACUCUGAGCGGCACUCUCCUGCCGCAGACCUGAAAGGUCUCGGAGAGAAGAGACCCCGCCCGAACUGACUCAGCUCCCUCAAGAAGGUACCGCAACCGGACCGGCUCGGCGCACGCGAGCCUGUAAGCCUCAGGUGUGGCGGAGGCCAGCGAGGCACCGCAGUCGGGCGCCCAGAGCGUCCCGGAAGCGCGCGAGGCUGGGCGGGCCCGGGGGCGGGGCACUUCCGCUCGGCGCGCGGGCGGCCACCUCCCGCUCUGCAGGUCCCGAGUGCAUACACCUUCAGCAGGUGUUGGGAUGAUGGCAGCCCUAGGGGACAUUGAGGAGUCCCCACCUGUCCCAUUCCCCACCAGUCUCUUAUCACCCGGAGCACCUGGAGCCCAGCACCACGAAGCACAGCUUCAUCUCCAUAGGCAUCCACACGGGUCCCCUUAUUCGAGCCCUGAUGUGUGCCCCCAGCCAUCUGACCUGGACCUCCAAGAUAUGGAAGAAAUGGAGAUCGGCAGAGACACGUGGCCUGACUCUGAGUUGGAGCCUGAGCAGGCUCCAUCCUCUCACCACCUGCACAGCCCAGAAGAUGCAGAUGGCGAAGUGCUCAGGGGCCUCCUGAGGAGCCACCCUCAUAGGCCCAAUUGUGGGAGCAGCUUUGGGCAGGAUCUCAGCUUGGAGCCCACAAGGACCCUGCCUUGCCCUCGGCAGAAAGGCACCUGCCAUGUGGUGCUCCUUUCACAGGGAGCCCCAGGGACUAAGGGUGCACCUGGCCGGGCUGCAGAAGUGGGGAACAGCUUGGGCCAUAGUCCCCAACAGUUCGUCUCACGGGUCGCCAAACCACAUUGCUGCGAAGCCUGUGGCAAGAGCUUCAAGUACAACUCAUUGCUGCUGAAGCACCAGCGCAUCCACACAGGUGAGAAGCCCUAUGCCUGCCAUGAGUGUGGCAAGCGUUUCCGAGGCUGGUCUGGGUUCAUCCAGCACCACCGGAUCCACACGGGUGAGAAACCCUACGAAUGCGGCCAGUGUGGCCGUGCCUUCAGCCACAGCUCGCACUUUACACAGCACCUGCGCGUCCACAAUGGGGAAAAGCCCUACAAGUGUGGUGAGUGUGGCCAGGCUUUCAGCCAGAGCUCCAACCUGGUCCGCCACCAGCGGCUGCACACGGGUGAGAAGCCGUAUACCUGCAGCCAGUGCGGCAAAGCCUUCAUCUGGAGCUCCGUGCUCAUUGAACACCAGCGCAUCCACACAGGCGAGAAGCCCUAUGAGUGUGCUCACUGCGGCAAGGCUUUCCGAGGCCGCUCCCACUUCUUCCGCCACUUGCGGACUCACACGGGCGAGAAGCCCUUCACCUGUGGAGCCUGCGGCAAGGCCUUUGGCCAGAGUUCACAGCUCAUCCAGCACCAGCGCGUGCAUUACCUCGAGUAGCCAUGGCCCCAGUAAAAUCUUUGGAUGGAAAAGGAGCCAGCUCCUGGUGAGCCAGGCUGCUGCUUCCCAUCCCUGAAGGCCACUGCAGGAUGACUUUUUAGUGUCCGGGGGUGGCAGGUAACUGGAGGAGCCUAAGGCCAGGAGCAGUGCUGGCAGCCCAGAGUAGUCAGGCCUGCCCAGGUUGAAGAUGCUGCAGUACAGAGAUCUCUCAAGGGGGCCUCCUGGAGCAGUGGGCGAGGAUGGGGCUGGCUUGCCUGGAGAUGCCAACAUUCUUCUGGGCUUCAGCCUAACCAGACUUCCUGUCCACCUGGGUCAUGGGGAUCUCCAAGAAUUGAGCUCCCUCAUUCAGCUGCCUAUUACUGCCUAAGUACAGCCUAAGUACACUGUCCCCCGACGGGUCCCUCCUCAGACCUGUUUGCUCUCUCACCCCUGCAUUUGCAUGCAGCAAGAAGGCUUCUAGCAGAUCCCUGCCCCUGCUAUGGAAAGCUGGGGGCUUGGGUCCAGGACUUCAUAUGGGUCACAGCUCUAACUUGCCAUAGAUCUACCUUGGGAAUCUACAGAUAGUUCUGGCUCUCAGUCCCUGUGCAGGGAAGAGCUCACCUGAGUGGGGAAAGGGUGUUAAGUAAUGAAGAGCAUCACAACACCCUCAGUGUUGUGCUUUUCUCUCCAGGUCAGCUGGAGGGCUGCCCAGCUGCUCUCCAGGUCUCACCUCCCCUCUCCUGUGGAGGGCUGUGAGGUUACUAAUCCUGCUAAAACAAGAGGUCCUCUUUGCAGCAGGGUUAUCAGCCCCAAGCAGGCUGUUUUACAGAGAAACAGCUGCUGCUCACCUGCUAUUUCUUUAGUAAUGCACUUGGGGCAGACUGUGAGGACACCCAUUGGGCACCUGGGCAGGACUCUGUUGGCAGUGACUGGAGAGAACCAGAGAGGCAGGUGACCUGAGAGAACCAGAGGUGCUCAGUACACUCCAGACUGUCCUGGAAGUGGCCCUUGAACCUCCUGCUAAGGUAGGCAGGUUACACUGGUGCUGCUUUCAUACCCUCAGCACACACCAGGAGAGAUUUCCCAGAGAAGAGGUUGCCAGCAGGCCAGGGGGCUCCCUCACACUGGGUUAAAACCCUCAGCAAAGUCUCUGUGUCCUUGUGGGCAGGACCCACGAUGGUAUUUUUUGUCUUCCUUGGUAUGCUUUGCUCCUUGCCAGGGGCCAUCCUAUUCUCUAGUGUUCCACCCAAUCCACUAGGUCCUUGCCAGGAACCCAGAACAGCCUGGAAAGAUCCAUACAUGGACUCUUGUGAAUUUUCUUUCUCUUGUCUUGUCUACCCAGGCUUAUCAGCAUCUAGCCAAACAGGAUACUGCAUAUCAGCCUGAGUGCCCAGGAGCAGGGCAUUGCAACUGUCCCAUGCCCUUUCUCCUCUGUCACUUUACAUUGCAGGAAGCAUCCUGACCAGCAUGCCAGCUCCAGCAUCAUUGCCACCUAGAGCAGCACUAGCUGGAUACCUAUACUCUGACCACACAGGUUCGGUUCUUGGUCUUCUUCCACAAUGACCAACCUUGGUAGAGAUGAGAGGUCUCCAGAAGCCAAUAUUUGCCUAUUCUGGCAUUUAUUCUUCAUGAAACCUAUUGCCCCCUCUGAGUGCACAGGCCCUGUUGGGCAGCAAACAUGUGAUAGAUGGAAAGGUGGCUAUGAAAGGGGCUCUUGAAAUGACUUGGUCCACAAACCAGGGAGGUGGAAAAAGAUAUCUUGCACCUUCCCAACACAAGAUUACUUGUGGCCAGGUGGCCAAAACAAAGGUGAAGGACUAUUGAGAAUUAGCAGGGGACCAGGAAGGAAAUGCAUGUGAGUAUGGAAAACAGGAAAUUACCAUAUGUAAGACUAUCUGCAUUUUGCCUUAGAGGGAAAGAAAUACCUUACAAGGACUGAACACCAGGGCCUCCUGUGAACUAACUAAAUCUUGGUAAGGGUGUUCCAGAACAACCCAAUCCUGGCGUGUGAGGAGACAUUGACAGAGAAAAGGUAGAUGAAUCCUGAAUCACACAGUGUAAUUUUUUAGCAGCUUACACAAGUGUGGUCUUGGACAGCAGCAAGACCAUUGGAGCCCCACAAUUUGGAUCAGAAAGAGGCAUAUUUAUGAGUUAGGAUAGAAAUUACCUUAUCCUGAGUGUACCUGGUUUACUUUAAGAUAAUUUCAAAGUCAGGCACAUCCUUGGAGCUAGAGCCUGGCUGUCAUCAAAUGUAAUAGGUUCACCCAUUAGUGAGUAUAAAACCAAUAAACAUGACCAAGAAACAAAAGAAUGAAAAAAGGCUUAUUUCAACAAAUAACAUGCUCACUAGAGAUAAUUCUCAAAGCAGUGUCUCCUUAAGCAAAAGAAAUAAAGGACUAUUGUUAGAGAAACACAUAUCAGGGAAAGAAAUCAUUGCAUGUUCAUUCUGCUCAUGUUCAAUAAUGGCAAAGAAUUUAGUGUUAUAAAAAGCAAAGUUCAGGAAAACUAAACGGUGACUUAGGAAUUUUAGCUAAGUUAAGGUUUUUUUGUGGGGGGAAGAUCUUAGCUUAAAAAAAAAAAAAAACCUUAAAGGAGGUUUGACAGUCAUUUAAAGGAGCAGCUCAUGCCCAAAGCAUAGAUCAUUGUCUCUUCCUGGCACAUAAAUCAAAGUGUCUACCUGGCAGCUAACAGUCCCAUUCCAAUGGUUUUGUCUACUAUAGUUUGUUGGGAAACAUGCUGGGAAAACCAGUAGGGUUGCUUUGGGGCACUCAGAGGCACACUUGUGAAUGAACAAAGAUCAAGAUCCAUCUUAGGUUUAGAGACUUCCAUUGUGUCUAGGAUUUUUACUUUUACAUAAACACACAUGGUAUGGCUCAAUGCCUAAGAGAAUCAAUUUCAGAACUUAAAAGUUCAGCUCUACUCUUAACUGAGAUGGAUGAGUUAUGAAUUAUUGUUCUGAAUCACGUUCUUAAAUAGUAAGAUGAUGUGGGAGCAUGGAAAAGUGUUUUUGAGAGCCUUUAAACAGAGAUUUCAGUCCCAAAGCAGCUAGCAGUGCUGUCCUAUCGCAGAAUGAAGGGGGCUGUCGAGGGUGUUGACUGUCUCACAGGGUACUUGCUUCCCGGUAGGUAGCCUCGUGUCCAGUUGUCCCACCUGCGACCAGGGCUCCCUCACGUUGGAAACACAUAUGCUGACAGACACCCUAGUCGCUCCUAUAGGAUCCGUGUCCAGUUUAUGGGAGGCCGCGUCCACCCCCGUCCCUGCAGCUUCCUUCUAAUCACAGGGUCCCUGCAAGCAGGAUAGAGGAUCUCCUGCCAGACAGCAACGUGUUGCCCCAGUCCAGGCCAGUGCCGCCACAGCUCCUAGACCACUUCCCAUACGGAGCGAGGUCUUGACACACGACGUGGAAUCGGGUCUUGCGGAGGCCCUCGUGGCCUCCGUGGUCCCCUUGCUCGUCCACAGGCCGCCUCUCCCCGUGCCUGUCCAGCACCACGGACAGCUCCGGGCGGGCUGACCCUGAGGAUAGCCGCGCCUGGCCGCUACCUCGGGGUCGCCUGGGAAGAGCCUCCUCCAGCCAGCCCCGAGGGCGUCUCCGCGCUGGUUCCCGAGUGGGGCCCUGGAGUCGCCCCAUAAGCCAGUGGGUACCCCGGGCAGGUCCUCCGGGGUUCCUAGAGCGCCCGGAAGUGCCCGUGGGUGGGACCUGAGGCGCGGCGGCGGCUCGCUUGCGGUUCGGCUCCCCGGGAGUCGCGGGUAGCCAGACCUACUUUGCGCGGUGAAGCUAUGCUGCUGUUUGCGGGGACCCGGCCUCUGUGACUGUGGUCUUGUUUCUGCGUCCCCGGUUUCUCCCCGGCCCGCGGAGCGAUCCCCCAGCGCCCCCCUCACCCCCGCGCGCAGCGGGCUGGGGCUGUGGGGCCCCAGGGACUCCGCAGCGUCCGCGCCGUGAUUCCCCCAAGCCGUGCCCGCCGCAGAUGAGUAGCCUUCUGCCCGAAGACUUUCUCGGCAUUGUCGCAACAUAACAUUUUAAGUCUGGGCUUAUCUCUUUUUUUGUUGGUUUUUUGUUUUGUUUUGUUUGUUUGUUUUUUGUCUUUUUCCUUUUUACCGGUACCAGGGAUCGAACUCACGACCGCCUGCUUGCAAGGCAGGUGCUUAUGCCGCUGAGCUAAAUCCCCAGCCCCAUCUGGGCUUAUCUGAAAACAGCAUUUGUACCCUCAGAUUGGCAGGAAGAUGGCAGGAAUGCACCUGCUGUCGAGGCCAGAAGUGUCACACGUUUCUGGACUUUGCCUGGACAAGGAUCCGAGUCCCUUCAGCUAAGUGCCUGCCUCCUGGACCGGCCUGUGUGCAGCUGGAGAGAGUCUCGGUUCUCAGGAUGAAGGCAAGCCUCUUAAGAGUUUUCAGUGCUAACAAGCAGCCCGCUGCUGCACAUAUGCCUUAGGUUCGCCAACGCUAAGCUCUAAGCACAGCGCACACCUACCGACUGGAUUUCUGUUCCUCACAACUUGUCUUGAGUUUCAGAAAGUCUUCAUCCCAGCAGUCGGAGCUCUGGCCCCUACUGAGACCUUGCCUUCUGCCUCAUCUGUGAAGAUGGACAUGGUCAGACCUUUUUUCAGGAGCCAGGGUCCAAGAACCCUGCACUUCCUCUGGAGCCUUAUUCUUUGUCCCAUGGGCUAAUGCUCUGAUUCUCACAUUUCCCACUGUUCAGUGCAGACUUCUUAGUCUCUGCAAACUCCAGUUACAGCCAUAGACCCUCGCCACCUGUGGGUCUGGGCUUUUUGGCCAGGUAUCAGAUUUCAGAGAAAAAAAUUGAAGUCAGGUCCUUAAAGAGCACCUUUUUAACAGAUUUGUUUUUCAAUAAGAGCAUUUUUUUCUCAGCAACUAUAAGGGAGGAUUUGCCCACACUUUCAAUCAAUAUUUUGUUUUAAAAACAAAUGGGUAGUGGGAGAUUGCAAUCCUAACACUUGGGAGGCUGAGACAAGAGGAUCCCUGUGAAUUUGAGGCCAACCUGGACUACUUAGUGAGUUGAAGUCUAACCUGAAUGAAAUAGUGAAAACCAGCUACUCAACAAGGUGAGGCAGGAGGAUUGCAAGUUCCCAGCCAGCCUAGACAACUAACAAGGCCCUGUCUCAAAGGAAAAAGGUGCUGUGGAUAUAGCUCAGUGGUAGAACACCCCUUCCCUUGAAAAAAAAAAAAAAAAAAAGGUGUUUAACUUGUCCCUAAGACAACCUGUCCUCAGGUCUACCAGGAGCUGUUCCAGAGCCCUGUCUCCUACCCUGUGUGGCUCUGAUGGUGGCUUCACUAGUGAAGUCCUACGCACAGCUAUGGUCUUAACCACAGGCUCAGGUCCUAAGGCCCAUGUGUUUCCCACUGUUCUCUGCUCAUCCCCAGCUUGCUGUGAUCAUAAGUGGACGUGGCUUUUCAGGAAAGAUUCCAUGUGGGAAUCAAACAAGCAGAGGGGUCUUCAGGACCUCCAGCCUCUACUUCAGAGCCUAUGGAAUGCCUGUAUAUGCUCCAGUUGUCCAGUUGGCCAUAGCAGGGGGAGUUCAGCCACCUACACUUUGUGGCUGCCAGCACGCCCCACACAGUGCAGGGCAGCUGCUCCAGUAGAGGUCUCAAGGUUAGGAGGACAUUCCACAGAGCUGGCAGCUGAUGGUCACUUUCAGCAGAGUUCCAGCAGCUGGUAACUUGUCAUGCACAUCCAUUGUCCAUUUGCUGUCUCAUUCAACACACUUGCCAAGCCCCACACAUGCUGAGACAGAAAGCAGAGUUCCCAGCAGCUCGACACUUCCCUGAAAAGGGUAGGGGCAUAAACAUGCAUGACAUGGAAACUCAGGGGCAUAUAAUUUACCUUGGGUGACCUCCAGCCAUAUCUGAGUUUUAUGCUGACAGCCCUUUGCCUACAAUAUGACAGAACCCAAGCUGGGGUCUUCCCAUCUACCAUGCUGCUCUGUCAGCAGCCCUUCUGCAGUGUCUCCGUGGUCCUAUCUGCUUUGGGUAUCACAUAAAUGAAUCAUGAUAUAUGCACCA